GGAUCUAUUCUAUUCAAUCUCGAUCCUAGAUUAUUCGAAACUCCUACCAUAAUGUUGAUGCAUUUUGAACUUCUACCCCGACUCUUUUCGACAACCCAAUUCUUGAUUCUCAACCAUUGUUAGCAGCUAGCUCCAAGCCUUCAGCCAAUAUUUUCAUGCCCCCCGGACUAUGACACGAGAAACAUAAAAGGGAAGAGGGAGAAGAGAUGGAUGGCCGGCUUGACUUCCAAAAUCAUUUGCUUCUUGUUCUAAAAGUUACAAAUCUAUAUCAAAACAUCAUAGCAACACUUUUAUUAUUGAUAUAGAGGAGAAGAUGAAUUGGAGAUCUAUAAAGAUGAGUUUAAACUCUAUAAAGGUGGCUUUGAGCCCCAUAAUGAUGCUUUGGAGCUGGAUUGCAGCUCUGGCGAUUGCAGCCUUGCACUACAAAAUAUUGAGCUGUCUCAACGGAAAACGCGACAUUGAUACCAUUUCCCAAUCGUGGGCAACGAACUUCUCCACUGUCCUCGCUCGCUUAGUGUCUUUUUUUCUCGGGUGUUCACUUCUCGCCGCUUUCGCGCCCUUGCUAUGGAAGAGCCUACAAGCAAGUUCCCAGACUGUCGAGACAAUCGAUCGUAUGCUGGCCUUACAAACCGGUCUGAUGGGCUUGCAACAUAAGAAGGUGUGGCGUGUGUCGAAACCUAUCUGUCUUACGGCUUUGGUGUUGCAAGGAACUCUUGUGGCAACCAGUUUUCCACCCGGAGCAUUGGUUGCGAGUUCCAUGCCGUACGUGUCAAAGUCGAUCCGCACCGUACCUACAUGGAAUCCGAGUUUCAGAGGGGCGAAUGACUCUGUGAGAGAAAUGACAAACCACGCUCUCUUCCAGAUGUGGUAUGGAGAUGCGUACAGAAGUCCAAGGUUCUCCCUCAACAAGCUGGCCAAAGCCAAUAUCCACGGGGGCCAGUACACGCCCACCACAAGUCCAUGCGGAAGCAACUGCACAUACGAGGUCGCAAUUCAAGGCCCAGCAUUUGAAUGCAAGGAAGGUAUCACUUCUGACCUCCGUACUCUCACAACAGAGUACUACGGCAAUAAAAGCACUACACCCCUCACAACCACCGAAUUCAACCCCAAAUUAAUCAAUUACCUCGCCGCAAUGAACGGCAGCGCUCUUUACCACAACUCAAGUGCCAUCUUCGAAAUCCAAUAUGCAAAUGGCACUUUCGGCGCCUACGAAGUCCCGCCCUUAUCCAGCCUCAGUUGCACGGCGUGGUACGCAGAUUACACAUUUGAAAUCUCGUACAGCAACGGCGUCCAAAGCGUGAUCACGCAGGUCAACAAGACCAGCGUCAUCACUGGUGCCGUGCUGUCAGCACUCUCGCUUUCCCAGCAAGACAACGGGUCUUCGUUCUCGGAUGACCAUAUCCUCUCCUCUGGGUAUGCCCUGGGACAAGCGUACCGUGAUACAAACAUCUACGCCAUUCUGGACUCUGUGACUUCGGCUCUCAGCGGUGCCGUAAGCGGGUACGGCAACGAAGCUUUGUUCGUCUCCAACACCAUGAUCCUGGAAUCCUCAAUGGCAGAAUACGCACCAUCCACACACAUCUACGCGGACGGCUACACCCCAGCCGACACCCUCUCAGCCACCCUAAAAAUCUCUCCAGCCACAGUGCAAAACGUGCUCGAGAACGUAAUGAUCUCACUGCUAUCCAUCGCCAACGCCGAGACAAGCACCUCCGUCCAGACAACGACCUACUUCACAACCUACAGCUUUGCAUCCCGUUACAAGCAGCUCGUACUGCCGUAUGCGCUGGCGCUUGGCUUGAGUCUGGUGCUCGUGGUGUAUGCAAUCUAUACUACAAUUAAGUGUUCCGGUUUGCCGAGGAAGGGGCGUGUGGUGGAUGUGCUGAGGGUGGUGAGUCGGAAGGAUAAUCAGGGCGUGAUAGAUAGGGCGAGGGAUGCGCCGUUUGAGACGUCGGAGACGUUGAAGGAGGCGGUUAGGAAGUUGAAGAACGAAAAGAUUCAAGUUUGAGGGGGAGGGUGAUGGCUCAGGAGAGAGGGGGAAGGUGGAAUAAUGAAUACUAUCAAUAAAUAGAAGGAGACUGUUUUCUUUUCUCUGUAGGUAUAAAAUUAGCUAAAAUUUAGAUGGAUUAACUAGAAGCUUUACACCCCAAGCAAGGUUCCUUUAACCUUACGAUAUCAUUCUAACUUGAGCUGUAAAUGAUUGUCGUGUUUAAUUUAUUAGGCUUCA